AUGCCUAUUCCAUAUUCCGCUCCUGACGACAGUAAUAGAUUAAUUCGAAAACAAUUGCAACAUGAUAUUCAAACAUUAUUAAAAGAAGUGGAAACAAAACAGCCCUUACUUAAUAGCGAACAGAUGGCCAUUUACAAUGAAAUAAUUGUCAAGGCAUUAAUUGAAUUCAUUUAUUCAAACCUUCAAAGAUGUAUAGAAGAUCCCAGUUAUUUGAUAGAGCGUGGAAUACUGGCACCAAAAAAUGAUGAAAUGGAUGCAUUUAAUGAUAUGAUUUUAAACAUGUUUCCUGGAAAGGAAAGGAUAUAUCUUAGUGCUGACACUAUAGGCAAAAAUAUUAGUGGUGUAUACAACCCUUCCCAAGAAGCUCUAUAUACGACAGAUUUUCUCAACUCUCUCAAGUUUGGAGGAUUGCCUCCUCAUGAACUGAAGCUUAAGGUGGGAGCACCAAUAAUUCUUCUUCGAAAUAUUAACACCACAGAUGGAUUAUGCAAUGGCACUCGGUUAAUAGUUCGUUUUUUGCAAAGGCAUAUUAUUGAGGCUGAACCAAUAACUGGAAAACUUACUGGACAAAUUAUAUUCUUGCCACGCAUUACUCUUUCGCCAACAGUUAUGGUAUAG